UACUGGCCCUGCUGCUGGUGGGAGAAGGACGCAGCCAACCUUCUCCCCGUCUUCUCGGCUAAGCCUCUCCUCGCUGUCCUCGGAGCCUGGGCACCGACAUGGCCCGCGGCUUUCUGGUGCUGGCGACUCUGGGCUGCCUUCUGUUGCGGGCAGGCUGCGGGCAUGCCGCCUUCACCCCGGGCUCACUGGUCUCUCUGCUUACAGCCACCGUGGCGCUGUCCGCGGGGCCAGUCAGUAUGGUGGUGGAACAUGCAGAGUUCCUGAAGGCAGGGAAGGAGCCUGGCCUGCAGAUCUGGAGGGUGGAGCAGUUUGACUUAGUACCAGUACCCAAGAACCUGUAUGGGGACUUCUUCACUGGUGAUGCAUAUUUAAUCCUGAACACCGUCAAACGAAGAGAUGGAUCCCUGCAGUACGACCUCCACUUCUGGCUGGGGAAUGAGUGUACUCAGGAUGAGAGUGGAGCUGCUGCCAUUUUCACCGUACAGAUGGAUGACUACCUGAAUGGAAAAGCCAUUCAGCACCGGGAGGUCCAGGGCUAUGAGUCUUCAACCUUCCUUGGCUACUUCAAAUCUGGCAUCAAGUACAAGAAAGGCGGUGUGGCCUCUGGCUUCAAGCACGUGGUUCCCAACGAGGUAGUUGUGCAGAGACUGUUCCAGGUCAAAGGGCGCCGAACAGCCCGGGCCACAGAGGUUCCUGUUUCAUGGGAUAGCUUCAACAAGGGCGACUGCUUCAUCCUUGACUUGGGAAAUGACAUCUACCAGUGGUGUGGCACUAGAAGCAACAGUUUUGAGCGACUCAAGGCCACUCAGGUGUCCAAGGGCAUCCGAGACAAUGAGCGGAGUGGCCGGGCCAAGGUGUACGUUUUAGAGGAGGGAGCUGAGCCUGAGAGGAUGCUCCAGGUCCUGGGGCCCAAGCCCACUCUGCCUGAAGGUCAGGAUGACUCUGCCAAGGAGGAUGCAACCAAUCGAAGACUUGCUAAGCUCUACAAGGUUUCCAAUGGUGCUGGGACUAUGACUGUGUCCUUGGUGGCUGAUGAGAACCCCUUCACUCAGGCAGCCCUGAGCUCUGAUGACUGUUUUAUCCUGGACCAUGGCACAAAUGGAAAGAUCUUUGUCUGGAAAGGCAAACAGGCGAAUGCAGAGGAGAGGAAGGCUGCUCUCAAAAGUGCCUCUGACUUCAUCUCCAAGAUGAGCUACCCCAAGCAAACUCAGAUCCAAGUCCUCCCAGAAGGUGGUGAGACCCCACUGUUCACGCAGUUUUUCAAGAACUGGAGGGAUCGGGAUCAGACCCAGGGCCUGGGAGUGGCCUAUAUUUCCAGCCACAUCGCCAAUGUUGAGCGGGUGCCUUUUGAUGCUGCCACUCUGCACAACUCCACUGCUAUGGCUGCCCAGCAUGGCAUGGAAGAUGAUGGCACUGGCCAGAAGCAGAUCUGGAGAGUUGAAGGUGCUGACAAAGUUCCAGUGAACCCCUCCACUUAUGGCCAGUUCUAUGGUGGUGACAGCUACAUCAUUCUGUACAACUAUCAGCACGCAGGCCGACAGGGACAAAUCAUCUAUAACUGGCAGGGAGCUGAUUCUAGCCAGGAUGAACGUGCCACAGCUGCCAUCCUUACAGUACAGCUGGAUGAGGAAUUAGGUGGUACUCCAGUGCAGAGCCGAGUUGUUCAGGGCAAAGAGCCUGCCCACCUGAUGAGCCUAUUUGGCGGUAAGCCUAUGAUCAUCUACAAAGGCGGCACCUCUAGAGAGGGUGGGCAGACGGUCCCCGCUAGCACCCGCCUCUUCCAGGUCCGUUCCAGCAGCUCCGGAGCCACCAGGGCCGUGGAGGUGAACCCGGCUGCAAGUGAGCUGAACUCCAACGAUGCCUUUGUCCUGAAAACUCCAUCAUCUGCCUACCUGUGGGUGGGUGAAGGAGCCAGUGACACAGAGAAGUCUGGGGCCCGGGAACUGCUGAACGUGCUGAAGGCUCGGCCUGUGCAAGUGGCUGAGGGUAGUGAGCCAGAUAGCUUCUGGGAAGCCCUGGGCGGGAAGGCUGCGUACCGCACAUCUCCACGGCUGAAGGACAAGAAGCUGGACGUCCACCCCCCUCGUCUCUUUGCCUGCUCCAACAAGAUUGGUCGCUUUGUGAUUGAAGAGGUUCCUGGGGAAUUUAUGCAAGAAGAUCUGGCUACAGAUGAUGUCAUGCUCUUGGACACCUGGGAUCAGGUAUACGUCUGGGUUGGAAAGGACUCUCAAGAAGAGGAAAAGACAGAAGCCUUAACAUCUGCCAAGCGGUAUAUAGAAACUGAUCCUGCAAACAGGGAUCGUCGAACACCCAUCACUAUUGUGAAGCAAGGCUUCGAGCCACCCUCAUUCAUGGGCUGGUUCCUUGGCUGGGACAACAGCUACUGGGAUGUGGAUCCAUUGGACAGGGCCAUGGCUGAGCUGGACGUCUGAGUCGCAUAAACCCUACCUAUUCUGGUGCCUAUGAUAGCUGCCCAUCCAGUUUUCAAAGAGACUGACUCAUGGCAGUUUCUUCCUCUCUUUUUUUUUUUUUGUCUCUUGUUUUUUAUUACAGUAGCCUAAUAGUUGUGCAAUAAUUGAACAUAUCCUAAUCUCUGUGCUCUGGAGAUUUCACAUAAUAAAGCUUACAUGGGACAUGUAACAAC